UGAGUGCAAGAAUUCGUGGUGGCAUGGAGGGAAACCUGAAAGAAAAUGGAUGGUUUCUCUCUAGUGAAGGGAUCGCCGAGUGCAAGAAAGCUUGCAUGAAGGAAAAUCCCUCGACAUCAGAAUGUCUCAAGGCUGCCGCUAAUCUGGAUCUAAAAAUAUAUGGUACCAAGUUCUUACCUGAAGACAUCAACAAAGGGAAGAUUGACUUGAUAAAGGGUCCAGGUGURCUUCAAAUCCAAAAACUSAGAAACAUUUCAGCACCCAGGGCAAAUGAAGAGUCUAGUCAUGCUCCAAGAUUGUUGAAGUUUCAACUCACAGAUGGACCAAUCAGCUGCCAGGGCUUGGAAUAUUCAACAAUAUCAGAUCUCAGUUUAUCUACACCUCCUGGCACCAAGAUAUGUCUUGUAGGMUCUGUACCUGUAAGAAAUGGGAUGCUACUAUUGGAUGAUGAAAAUACAAAGGUCAUUGGCGGAGAGGUGGAUAGUUUGGUUAAUAAGUGGAAACUCAACAAGUCAUUAGCUAAACAUUCACGAAACACUGGCAAUACUGAAGGUGGGCCACCUCCCUUUGUUCCAUUCAAUCAAGGAAAAUCACGUGAAGAAAACAGAGGCAGGGGAAAUAGUGGUUAUGUACCAAAUGGCCAUGAAAUUCACAGUGACUCGCAACGUAGACCAGAUCGAUAUAGAGGACAAGAGAAUGCACCCAGAAGAGGAGGACGAGAUAGAGAGGAACAGGGRGACAAAGGKCGAACACAGCGGGGAGGGGAUUCAUUUAGAGGUCGCGGCAACCACGAUAGACGAAACGAUAACCGAUCAAGUCAUCGAGAAAAUAGAGGAAAUCGCGACUCCAGAGGUGGRAAUAGGAACUAUGAAUCAAAUGCACAUAUGAAUACUGGUGAUCGAUACAGUCAAAGACGAACUGACCAUAAUAGAUCAGACAGGAAUGACAAACCAUCAAAACCAAGUGAUUCAGGCGGAGAUAGUCCUCUUAGCCGCUCUCGAAGCGGGUCUGGAAUCAGGGAGAAUGGGACUAGUGACGUAACUACACGUGAUGACGAUUCUUCCAUUCGAUCACUGGAUGGACAGGCAAGAGGUGUUCCAAGUGGGCGUGGCAGUGCACGUGGUGGACGAGGAGGUCGUCGGGAAGCAUURGGUCGAGCAAGGUCAACUUCAGUAGAUCAAGAUGAAUCAGACGAGUAUAGAGCCCGGCAACCAUCAGAGAAAGGCACUAUUUGGGACUUCGUGAAACACUCCAUUGCAACUCCUCCGAAACCCUGUACUCCUCCGGCGACAGAGAAAGAAACACAGCAAGCGGAAGAGGAAAAAGAAUCUCAGUCCACUGGUGAUAGUACACUACAAGRAAACCCAACUGAAACUACUGAAACUACAAUAAAAGAUGAACCGACCGACCAAACUACACAACCAUCAACAGAACAAACAGACAAACGAACAAAAGCCGACACUAGACAAAUAAAUCAACAAGGAAAAGAACAGCCAAAGGUUCAAAUAAAAAAUACUGAGCACAAAGCCAAAGAACCCGAAAAAACGACGCGAAACCAAGAMACUUCAUUUGGGUCKAAUAGGGAUCAUAAACAACGUUCUUAUCAACAAAGGCAGCAGCAGUCUGGCGGGCAAGGACGAGGGAGGGGACCCAGAGGACGACAUGAUGAUGGUAGAUCGUAUAACCAAAGCUUACCACCAAGAUUGCAGAAAAAACAGCAGCAGCAGUAUCAUCAGCAACACUUCAUGUCACUAGAGAAAGAAACGCGAGAUAAAUCAAGCUCACCUGGCUCAGGAUCUGGCAGCGAAACGCGCCUAAGUCAAUCACCUAGUGUUGACUCUAGUCCCUCUAGUAAGAGCAGCGAUGACAUGAAACCGYUACGAAGACAGAAAAACUACCYUCGACAACAACGACAGCAAAACGAAGCUGAACAACCAAAGCAAAGCCAAUAUGAUAACCAACAAGUCCAGAGUACUUAUCUACCAGCACAACAGUCUCCAUACCAUGUAGAACAACAAGUCUAUGAGCAACCYGAAGGUACWGCCAUCAUGCCACAGGAAUAUAAUUAUCARCAACCAGCCCCACCUCCUCCCACACAGCAGUAUCCUGUCUACCAAAUGCAGACUCAGAUGGGUCCUCCACAGGCAGUUAUGGUCACACAGCCGAUAACAUCCCCGUCUCAACAGCAUAUCCAGACCCCUAUUACAACAGCUCAGAUUCGAUGGAAGAAAGGGAACCAGUGUCUUGCUCUACGUCGYGAUGGUCAGUACUACAGCGCSAAGAUAGAACACGUGACUCCCGAUGGUCAACAGUGCAUGGUGUCGUUCCAGGAUUUCCACGGCGGCUGUGAGAUGACGUCCAUUACGUCGCUGCGGCCGUUUCCUAUUAUAGCUUGGACCGAACCUAAUGCCCAGUCUCUCCCGGCAACCACMAUGACUCCGGUUCCAAUCUAUGCUCAACCAGCACAAGUAACGAUGGUUCCCAGACCCCAAGUCAUGGUUCCAGUCCAAGCACAACACCCAGCGUAUAUAGCUCCUAAAGGACCAAUAGCAAGCCCGUCUAACGUAGCGCCUYCUCAGGGCCUCCCUCAGCCUCCUCCCGGCAUGCAGUGGCAGCCGGCCCAUGUGGGGUACCACGACCUUCGAACACAGGCAUACCAACCUGCUAUGAUUCAUUACGACCCUAUGACACAAACACCUGUACGGCAGGCUUACUAYCCUAUGCCUCCUGCGGGAACAGUGCAGUUUGUACGAGGAGUCAAAGAGUUGCACGGCCAAGAUCUCUACCCACAUCAAGGKGGACCCAUGAAUGACGGURCAGACGCAGCCAACAAAAUACAACCAACAGCACCAAUUUAUUACAAUGUGAAGACAAAGAAAGCUGGCGCYGGUAGACCUCCCCAAGCUAUGUAUGUAGCACCGCGGCCACAGCAAGCCUACGAAGGGAACAACUGACUUCACAGUAUAAUUCUUGUUAUUUUUUACGCUGUUACUCUCGUUCCUUCUUCUUUUUGUAUUUAACUUUWAAUUAUACUCAAUAACAUUCCUCAUAAAUAUUUGAACGUAAAAGUACAAUCUCGCAAGCAUGAGCUAACACUCGAAUGAUACCGUUGUUUGGGAACCGUUCUCCGAAUCGCACAUGUGCCGACUUCAAUGCAAAUAAGAUGAGAAAGAAACAAAAAGAUCCRUAGAAUUUGAAUUGAAUUGGGUACAUGUGAGGUUCGGUGUUUGAAACGUAGUCUCCUUCGCAUCCGUUUUCGUGAGGGGAGGGACAGGAAGCCCGACACGAAAACUGAUGCGAAGGAGACUAUUUGAAACACAGAAUAUGGAGUAUUGAGGUCGAAUGUUUGGUAUGUGUGGAUGUUAAUGUUCGAGUGAUAAGGUUGUAUUUUUGUCUUGUUAACAUUCGACAGUUUUCGUUCUUUGAGUUGUUUCAUCUGACAGUUUAUCAGAAAUGAACAGCAUAAAGUUUGUUAAACACUUUUGCACUUAUUUAUUUUACUUGUUGUACGAAGCUUAACAGCACCUGAACGAGGGCAGUGUCGCAGUAGCCUCGCCAUGGUGUCUAUAUUUGUACAUAUCGAUUCUUUUAUUGGUUUUAUUGUGAAAUAUUUCCAUACUCCCUAAUACUAUUAUUAGUAGCCUUUUCAUUUUAAAUCAAAUAUAUCUCUAUUAAACAAAAAUAUAAUUAUUCAUCCAAAAAUUUCAGUCUCUUUUAUAGGAGAGCAAUUUGCUGCUCAUAUUGCGUGACCGUCACGGUCACAUUAGUGAGUUAAUGGUAACGCUAUACUAUAUAACUUAGAAAGAUAUCUUGUUGCUAUUGAGUCACUUGUUGUUGUUCUAAAAAUAGAAUUAUAGAUUAUAUAUAUAUACAGUACGAACUAAUUUAUGAAUUAUCUCUACGCCAUUAGAGACAAAAAUAUCAUGCAAUUAUUCCAAGUAAACACAAUUGYAAUAAUUCGUUAUUUGCAAUUUUGUUUAAAAUUGAAGAAUUGCAUAUAAUAGUUGGUUUAUAAGUAGAAUUUUUAGCAAACACGUUGGGCACUUUAUGAACAAUAUAUAUGACAACCGCACAUUUUACCCAGUGAUUCAUGCGAUCUCAUCGCUGUCAAACGUUUUUUGCGUUUGCAAAGAAUUACUGRGUAAAAUGUUUUGGUUUCUAUGAGUAAAGUCAAUAACGUAUUAUUGUCUAGAUUUGAAUAAUGUUAGUAUAUAUCAAUUUACGGUACAAAGUGUAGGAUUUAUUUUUUCAUCAUGUCGUUGAUAUUAGUAGUUGAUGUUAGUAGGUGAAAAAAAGGUGAAGAUCUAAUACUCAGUUAGAUAACUUUAUUUGUUAAAAAAGAUGUUUCAGCAGUUGUGUUCAAAUUAAAAGCUUUUAAAACA